CAAAGAAUAUCGUUAGCGAAAGAGCAACCGCUUGUAUGUUUGGGCCUUUUCAAGAUAAUGUCCUGAAAUGCUUGAUCGCCCAUGGAAAAUUCACAGCAUGCAUUCUGCAAGAACUAGAUUGGUUCGACGUUAAAAGUGGAAAACUCAAUAGAACGGCGAUACUUGAUUCAGUGUACCUGCAUGUGAAAAAUCAAAAUCUUUUCGACCGUGUGAAUGACCUUGUCGAAGAGUGUGUAACUACAGCAAAUAGCCAAAACGCCGACCAAAACGGAAUAGGCGAAGAAUUCGUUAUGUGCUUGGAUGGAAAAAAUGCUUUUGCAGAUCUUUUUCCCAAGGUAUUCUGCAAGAGAAAAGAUGGCGAUCAACCAAUAGAAAAACAUAUUCCGGAAGAUACUUCUGCUCCCGCUUUAAGGAAACAAAUUCUUGAAUGCGUCUUCGCAUCAAUGAACAAUAUGUCCAACAUAUCAUGUGCGUCGACUUCUGAGAUGCUGUUCUCAAAUCGAUGAGAUAUAAAA